GAUCCUGAAUGCAGCAGCCGGGGAGGAGGAUCACAUCAUCCUGACACACAGCGCGGAGGACAAACACACUUGGUCAGACAGCAGCAGUCAGAACAGAGAGCUGGUAUGGACAACAAGGCGUUGGAACCUGAUUCUGUGAGCAUCCCCAUGGAGGAGGCCAUCAUGUGUAACGGAGGCGGCCAGCCUCAGCAGCAGCAGGAAGCCUCCAUGUUGACCCACCUGAAGAAGGUUGAGAACCAGAUCACGGAGGCACAGCGUUUCUCCCACCUACCCAAACGCUCAGCCGUGGACCUGGAGUUCAGCGACCUUUCCUACACCAUCCAGGAGGGACCGUGCUGGAGGAGGAGAGGUUUCAAAGCCUUACUGAAGUGCCUUUCUGGAAGGUUCUGCAGUCGGGAGCUGAUAGGAAUUAUGGGGCCCUCAGGGGCCGGGAAGUCCACCUUAAUGAACAUCCUGGCUGGAUACAGGGAAACAGGGAUGAAGGGUCAGAUCCUGGUAAAUGGGAAACCCAGGGACCUGAGGACGUUCAGGAAAAUGUCCUGCUACAUCAUGCAGGAAGACAUGCUACUGCCACACCUCACUGCACGAGAGGCCAUGAUGGUUUCAGCCAACUUAAAGCUGAGUGAAACUAUGGAUGUGAAGAAAGAACUGGUGAAUGAGAUUCUGACUGCGUUAGGGCUCCUCGACUGUGCUCACACUCGUACCAGCUCACUGUCCGGUGGUCAGUGUAAACGACUGGCCAUCGCCCUCGAACUGGUCAACAAUCCUCCAGUCAUGUUCUUUGAUGAGCCCACCAGUGGCCUGGACAGCGCGUCGUGCUACCAGGUGGUCUCACUAAUGCGCUCUCUGGCGCUGGGAGGACGGACCAUCAUCUGCACCAUCCACCAGCCGAGCGCCAAACUGUUUGAGAUGUUUGACAAGCUUUACAUUCUCAGUCAGGGACAGUGCAUCUACAAAGGCACAGUCCAUUACCUCAUCCCCUAUCUGAAGACUCUGGGCCUUCACUGUCCCACCUACCACAACCCUGCAGACUUCAUCAUCGAAGUGGCAUCAGGAGAGUAUGGAGACUUGAACCCGGUGCUGUUUGAAGCCGUCCAAGGAGGAAUGUGUGCGUUAGAGGAGAAGAAGAACCAGUGUGAUACCAACGGGCAGGCGGUCUGUGCAGCAAAGUUCCCCAUGGACACUGGACACAUAGAGAGCCAUACUUUUGCCACAAGCACGCUAACACAGUUCUGUAUCCUGUUCAAGAGAACCUUCAUCACUAUAUGUCGAGACCAGGUGCUGACCCACCUCAGACUGAUAUCCCACAUCGCUAUUGGUGUGUUGAUAGGUUUGCUCUAUCUGAACAUCGGCAAUGACGCCAGCAAGGUCUUCAACAACACCGGCUUCCUGUUCUUCUCCAUGCUCUUCCUCAUGUUUGGAGCGCUCAUGCCAACCGUGUUAACCUUUCCUCUGGAGAUGUCUGUGUUCCUCAGGGAGCAUCUGAACUACUGGUACAGUCUGAAGGCGUACUACCUGGCCAAGACCAUGGCUGACAUCCCCUUCCAGGUGAUCUGCCCCAUCAUGUACUGCAGCAUCGUGUACUGGAUGACAGAGCAGCCUCCUGAAGCCACCCGCUACCUGCUCUUCAUAGCCCUGUCCACCUGCACUGCCCUGGUAGCCCAGUCCCUAGGCCUCCUGGUCGGGGCUGCCUCCACCUCACUACAGGUCGCCACGUUUGUUGGUCCUGUCACAGCCAUCCCAGUGCUGCUGUUCUCUGGAUUCUUUGUGAACUUUGACACCAUCCCCAAGUAUCUGCAGUGGAGCUCCUAUGUGUCGUACGUAAGGUAUGGCUUUGAAGGGGUGAUCCUGUCCAUCUACGGGAUGAACCGCUCAGAGCUGGAGUGUCCGGGGAAGGUGUGUAAGUUCCAAAAGCCUGAAGAGGUUCUGCAGUUACUGGAUGUCGAGGAUGCAAAGCUCUACUUAGAUUUUAUUGUCCUGGGCAUUUUCUUCAUCAUCCUACGGCUGGCCACCUACCUUGUCCUUCGCUACAAGGUCAAGUCUGAGCGAUAGGUUUCGCUUGGCUCACCGUCCAAAUCUCAAGGCCCUCCCUGACAUCAUCCCAGACCUGGUCUCCUUUCUGUGCACAGACAACAACUUCUCAUGCGGGAAUUUGUUUUAUUUCAUUGUACGCGUUGCUGCUAAAAGGACAGAACAUAAAUUCUGAUCUGUUCGACUGCCAGCUGUGCAGUGACUGAUGACGCAGAGCAGGGAAGAGUCAUCCUAUAAAUCCACAUAUACCUGUUUUACCUCGGACAUCAGGACUUGCUGUGCACAAAGCCAGGUCAGCAGUGAAGAGGGCGAAGAGACUGAGCCACAUUCAGCAGCUUAUCCUGUACGUCUGAUAUUCCUGCAAGGCAGAAAUUUUUUGAGAACAAGGUAGAUGUGAUACAUCAGCACUUAUUGGCGGGGACAUGAUGUUUGUUCAACACUGUGUGCUGCCAUUCUGUCUGUCAGCGCGGGAGUGUUCGGAUUUUUGGUCCAAAUACAAAGUGUUUCCAUCAGUCUGUUGAUCCUAAACCCUGAGAACAAAUGCUUUCACUGCAGUAUACAGUGGCUGCAAAGGUUUGGGCUCCCCUGGUCACAAUUUAGUUUACUGUGAAUAGUUAAGUGAGUAGAAGAUGUACUGAUGUCUGAAAGACAGGAAGUUAAAGAGGAAACUUUUCAACAUUGUACGCAGGGUCAGUGUUUUAACUGUGUUUUGUACAAUUUUAGAGUGAAAAUAAGGAAAGCAGCACCAUGCAAAAGUUUGCAGCACUCCAAGACAUCUGAGCUCUCAGACACCUUUUCCCAGGGUCUCAGACCUUAAUGAGCUUGUUCGGGCUCUGGCUUGUUCACAGUCAUCGUUAGCAAAGGCCAGGUGAUGCUAAUUUCAAAGCUUUAUAAAGACUCUGACUCCUGAAAGCUUGUCCCAACAGUCAGCAGCCAUGGGCUCCUCUAAACAGCUGCCUAGCACUCUGAAAACUAAAAGACCUGAUGAAGACUAGAAGAAGAUAGCAAAGUGUUUUCAGGGAGCUGUUUCCUCAGUUGGUCAUGUCAGUAAGAAAUGGCAGUUAACAGGAACUGUGGAGGUCAAGCUGAAAACUCUCUGAGAGAGCUGCUCGUAGGAUUGUUAGAAAGGCAAAUCAAACCUCUGUUUGACUGCAAAAGACCUGCAGGAAGAUUUCUCAGACUCUGGAGUGGUGGUGCACUGUUCUACUGUGCAGACACACCUGGACAAAUAUGAGCUUCAUGGAAGAGUCAUCAGAAGAAAACCUUUCCUGUGUCCUCACCACAACAUUCAGCCUCACAAGUUUGCAAAGGAACAUGUGAACAAGCCUGAUGCUUUUUGGAAACAAGUCCUGUGGACUGAUGAAGGUAAAACAGAACUUUGUGGACACAAUGAGCAAAGGUAUGUUUGGAGAACAAACUGUUAAACACGGGGGUGGAUGGAUGAUGCUUUGGGCUUGUGUUGCAGCCAGUGGCACGGGGAACAUUUCACAGGUAGAGGGAAGAAUGGAUUCAGUUAAAUUCCAGACAUCACAGCAUCUGUAAAAAAGCUGCAGAUGAAGAGAGGAUGGCUUCUACAACAGGACAAUGAUCCUAAACACACCUCCAGAUCCACAAUGGACGACCUCAAGAGGAGCCAGCUGAAGGUUUGGCCACGCCCCUCACAGUCCCCCGACCUAAACAUCAUUAAACAUCUGUGGAUAGAGCUCAAAGAGCAGAGCAUGAAGACGGCCCAAGAAUCUCACAGAGCUAGAAGCCUUUUGCAGGAAGAAUGGCUGAAAAUCCUCCAAACAAGAACUGAAAGACUCUGAGCUGGAUACAAAGUGUUUAGAAGCUGUGAUACCUGCCAAAGGGGGCGCUACUGAGCACUGACCAUGCAGGGUGCCCAAAGUUUGGCUUUGAAUGUUUCAUCUCCAGCGUCAUGCCCUCUGGAGAUCAGUCCAUCGUCUUCUUACUGAACUACUCACGGUAAAUUAAAGUUAAAGUCCAGCGGGGCCCAAACCUUUGCAGCCACUGUCAUGUAAUGUUCCUGGAACAGUGAACACUGGAAGACAGCAGUCUGCUUGAGCUCAUCUCUGCUCUAUAUUCUUGUUGUCGUAUGACAGAAGUUGACAGUUUGGAGUCCCACAUUUAUUUCCUUUAUUUCAUUGUUGGAGCUAGAUUGUUUUUAACAUGUUGAUAGUUGUUAAUUAAGCUUUAUCAUGAUUGUCGACCAAAAAUUAAUAUUUUUUGUACCUCGAUGAUGUAAUCUGAAAUCUUAAAGAGUUGUUCAGCCUUAAUCACUUUAUACUGUACUGUAUUAUCUUCAUUCACAGUUAUGUAGAUGUAUUUAAGCCAAAAAGAUGAAUUACUGUAUCGUUAUUAUUCUGUGUCACACAUGGACACAACACGCUCAUGCAGUCAUGUUUGGUGCUAUCUGAAGUUUCAUGUUUUAUUUGAAUAGCAUGUUUUAGAAAAUGCAUCUGGACUGACACGUGACACGAGAGCAGAGCCCAGGAGGGGACAUGAGGGGGAACACCGACGCUGACGUAUCACACAUGCUGUAACAGUUAUGUCAUUUUAUUCUCAGCCAAAAAGAGGAGUCAUGGAGGAGUGUCUGUGACGUGUCCUACGGUAAAGAGAGGUCCAAAACAUGGAGCCCAGGACGGGACAUGGAGGGGAACAAAUCUAAUUUUAAGCUAAUAUUUAACUCAAACCCACUGACAAAAAAUCACGUAUAGAAGCACGUUGUCCUCGAACUCUGUGAUGUUGGAUGAGAUGGUUUAAGAGAAGAAGAUUUAAAGUUAACAGGCUGUUCAUGGUUAACGUCAUGUGUGUGGUGCAUACCAGGGAUGAGUGAGUACAUCAUCUCUGUCUGUACUUGAAAUGGGCGGAGUUUAUGCCAUGAGUGGGUGGGGUUUAAUCAAAAGUUAUUUUAAGCCUGAAAUUUAUGUUCAUUAUUUAUAUAUAUUAUUAUUGAUUAUAUUGAUAAGUUGAAAGCAUACGGGUCGGCCAGUCUGGUCCCGUUGGUCAGUGUUUACUUAUUCAAGUAACACUGGCGGUCCCGGAGAGUGAGUGACCUGACAUGGUGCGUUGGUAAAUUCAGUCUGACGCUCUACACUAAAAUGAGAGCCCUGUUGGUGGAAGAAACACAGCGUUAUAUUUCUACAUGAAUGAACCAACGGUUAAGUUAAUCACACAUUCACUCCGCUCGGCGCUCUGCUGCUCCGUCUCCACAGACAGAGUGUCCAGAGUGCGCUCUGCCACUCUGAGAGUGCGCUGCUCUGGAUAACCCAACGCUACAUUCAGACAGUGCUCCCAAUUUAUCAACGCUCCAGUUUGUGUCAGAGUGCGCUCCCACACUCACAAUGAGUGUUUCUGAACACACCACUCACAUCAUCUUCCUCCAUCGUCUAAAACAAGACAACACAACUUGUUAGCUAGCGCUAGCUAACGUCUGUGGAGGACUGUUUUGCCUCCAGCUAAGCCCCGCCCACCAACAAACAUCACACUGUUUUCAUUACCUAAGUGGAAAGUAUUUGCAGAACAGCUGCAGAACUCAGACUCAAGAAAAGUAAUAAUGCAAUCUAAUUCUUUAGAUGUCUAACUAUUCAAAGUGCCUCACAAACAGCCUCUCUGCUGAAACUCCAGUAACUGUGUUCAGUUCAGUUUGAGCUUUGAGUUUCUGUUAAAAUGUGAUCAUGAAAUAUCCAAACUGCCCGUACAAACAACUCUCUGCCUCCCGCCAACAAGUCGUCACAUGGAAUUAAAAGGUUCAUCUGAUUCAUAUGUUCUUAUUUUUUCUAACUCUUUUUUGGAGUUAUAUGCAUUUUUGGACAUUUUAUUUAGAAAACAAAACAUCAUCCUCAC